AGGAUCAACUACAACCCCAUUUCCUCCUGGUCAGUCUAGCUUUUUGUUCGUUCGCAAAAAUGGAGUUCCAAUUAAACAAGUCCAGUUCUCGCUUGUUUGCGAAGUGCGUGCUCCUCUUGAACAAACUGGCUGCCGAUUUGACGCUGCAAGUGAAUCCAGCUGAGUGCUCAUUGACACUCUAUGCGACGAAUGGAGGGCACGACGAUUCGUCCGGUAGCACGCUUAUACGAGUCUUCUUUUGCGAGACCUUCUUCGAGAGUGCUGGUAUAAGUGAUCCGGUCUUUGCCCAGCACCUCAAGGAGAUGGAGCAAAAUGACCCAGUUGGGUUUAGGAAGUUAUGGCUUGCCGUGAGCUGCAUGAGUCAUCUUAAGAGGCGUCUCUGACACGUUUUCAAGGGUGAAACACGUCAAAGGAAAAUGACUUCCGAGAUGAAUUUACGUAAGCUCUAAGGAAGACAAGUUAUCGCUGUAGCAUGCGGUCGAAGCCUCUAGUGCGAUUCAUUUUGGGCAUGAAACGCGAAGUCAGAGACCGCUGUGACGGUCUAGCGUUGAUUUUGCAGGUGGAUAGAAUAGCAUUUGAGUGGAUUGGUGCGGGAGUUUCGACCUCCAGGGCUAACGCAACAGCUCGCGCAGGAGACCAACAAUUGCAGCACGUGAGUAGUGCUAGUGCUGCUGGCAUGAAGCAUCCAGCUCAGUUGUUGUUAGACCAAUCAGGAGGCCAAGGACUAGGAGGCAGCUUUGUGCAGCAAAGCCACAACAGCUCUUUUGGAGGAUUUGGUAACCCGCAAAACCAGCAGUUACAAAGUAUUCCAGAAAACGGAGGAGGAGGAAGCGGAGCUGGUACAACUGGAGGUUUUCGACAACAACAAGUUCCAGUUCCACCAGGAGAAGAGAUGAAUGCACCAGCAGAGGAAUACGUGCCAUGUGCGAAGUUCACUCGUCAGUUUGAACUUAUUGAGACCAUGAAAUCCGUAGAAGGCGAAGUAAAUCCCGCACUAGAACAGAUUCAACAAAGACAAGGCCAAAAAGUCACCAUUGAUGUAGCUGGCGGUGGGGGUGGUGCGGGAGCGCCGGAAUUGCAACGAGGACCACAUGCUGUAGCUGGAAUAGGUGGUGCUGGGGCAUCGUCAUCAUCCUCAAAUGUAAGUGUGAAUGCAAUAAAUGGAGCAGCGCAGAACCAGAACAACUACAACCAGCAUCAACAAUCUGAGGUGACAGAUGCUCGUUUUCGUUUGGGAAUGCGCGUGCAAAUGCUCUCCAACAUCCUGCAUGAAUUCAACGGAGCUAAAGAACUUCGCAUUUGCCCACACACAGCUGGUCGGGAAAUAGUUUUUAGGAACCAUCACAUUCCACCUACUGCUUCUGCUGCAGCUCCUGGAGUUGGUGGUCAGCAACCUCCUGUAGGAGUCGGUCAACAAGAGAGUUUUGAAAGUGUACCAAUACCUGCUGGUGGCUUAGCAGGUGUUGGUGUAGCAGGAGGUGGUACACAAAGUGGAGGACACAACAAUCAACAACAAGAGGAAGAGGACGAUGUCGAGGAACAGGAACUAGCGCGUGGGGACUUUAAGCGGAUGUUAGACUUCCCUGAAACGGAUUUUUACGAUGCUCAGUUACUAGACCAGCAAAUAGUAGGACAUCACGCCAACUUCCUUCCCGGAAAACACGAUCUAGCGUUUGCGCCAAAGACACUCGUUGAUUUUGUGAAGUUUUUGACGUUUGAAGUUGGUGGAGUCGAGGGAUCUGGGAGAGGUGGAAACGCACACGGUACAGGAACAGCUCCAAGUGCAAAUCCUGAAGGAGGAAGAGGACACCCGCCGCCAGCAUCUGUUCAACAAAUCAUGGGCACUCAGUAUAACCCCACAACCGGUAGGCCACGCGAUCUAGUGGAGGUUCGCUUCACUGAGCCAGGAGAAGUGAUCGAAUUUACCUCCUCUGGGAUAGAGCAAGUCCAAUUCUCCUUGUUUCAGUCGACAGAGGAGUUUAAUGGAAUGAGCACGCACACAUGGACACAAUGCAAAGGAAGACUUGCCCAGAUGUAUGCGGCAUCGACAUUUAUGGGAGGAAAACUUAUGUUUUUGUUGAUGUGCUUGAUUGUAGUUCACCAUCAUUGGUAAUCAAACAAGUGAAUCGGGAACGUAGUCUCAACAACAUUUUUGCUUCCACUUAGUUGUUUUCAAAACCUAAGUGUGUUCCCUCUGCUGCAACGAUGAAAAGGCUAAUCUUCAGCGCCUCUAAUGAUACUGGGAUCAACCAACACGGCAUACGGGUGAAAGUGGAGCAAGACGAAAGGCAGCCGCCCGCCUUUCCUCCUGCCGUAGGCCUAAGUCAACUAGCACAUCCACAAGUAGUUAGAGGACAACAUAUGAACCAGAAGCAGGUACAACAACAGCAGCAACCUCCUGCUGGUGCUCAUCAAGGAAUUGAUCCCUCCUCUUCUUCAAGUGGGAAUAAUAUAAUAGCCUCACCCAACAUACCCAUACCAGGAACUGCUGCAGCGCGCUCGUCACCACGUGAGCAGCCAUCGUCUAAGCGAAGGAAACGAGGUCAAGAGGCUUCUCCAGGAGUUGUCGAACAAGGGAAUCUUUUCGAAGCGUUUCCAGGGGAACAAGUACUAGCUGGACCGGGUGGAUCUGCUUCUGCUGCACCAUUACCUGGUGUUGUGCAUAACAAGAACAUGGCAGGAGCUGCAGGAGCUCCUGCCAGUGAUGUUGUUCCUGUGAACGCAAAUGUUCCAGCAAUCCCAUCCUGCCAGCAACUACAUCCCCACAGUCAGAAGAUGCAGACUCGCAAGUCGGUGGGAGAUCAAGCAGAAAUGGCAGUGGAACAAGUAGCGGAUGAUCCUGAUGUUCUCAUGAGUCCCAACAUGGGAGAGCGAGCUCCCCACGCUUCAGCACAUGUAGAUCAGAACCAACAUGAUCCUGCUCAUCCUGCUCCCGCAGCAGCUGCAGCUAAAGGUGUAGGAGCGCCAGGGCCUGUGCUUCCCUCCAGAGGUUCCCUAGCUGGAACCGACGUCCAUUGGCCAGCAACCCAAACGCUAUUCUCACCAGCUAAUAUAGAGGGCGUGUCUCAAGCUGUUCAUCAGGUUGUACCAUCUGCAGUGAUUCCUCCCGCAGGUGUGAGUGUGUCUCAAGUAGGAGGUGCUGCGCCUGCGCCAUUAGGGAUGCCUCCAGGUGCAGCCUCUUCGUCAUCGGCCGCUCCUGUGAUAGUACCAGGUGUGCCGAAUCCAUUUGGGCUUGAUUCUAUGUCCCAACAGCAAUCACUUCAAGGUCAGCAGCAGCAGCAGCAGUCUCUUCAGCACCAGCAGGCUUUUCAAGGUCAGCCUCUACUAGCACCACAAAAUAGAGGACAGCCGCAAAACCAAAACGUCUUUCAACAACAGCAACACUUUCACGCUCAACAAGGCGUUAUGGGAGGUGUGCAGCAACAUCAUCUGCACGUACCACAUUUUGAAACAGGUGGCGGUGGCGCAGCAGCAGAACUAGGCAUGCAGCAACAUCAACCACAGCAUUCUGGCAUUGUAGGAGGCUUUCAGCGGGAACAGCAGUCGUCAUCUUCCUCAUCUGCAGCCUUUUUUCCACAGGAGCACCAAGUGCAGCAACAGCAGCAGCAGCAGCAGCCGCAGUCCUCUAAUAUGUCUCAACAACAACAGGCCGUGGCACGUCCAGCACCUCCACAACUACUUCAACAAGAACAGCAAAAUCCUCCGCAUCUUCCACAACACCAAGUCCAAUUACCGCAACAACUACCACAUCAGCAAGAGGAGGAACGGGACGAAUUGAAAGAUUUUUAUCGUACUUUAGGAGAUCCCAAUGACGCGAGAGGUGAACUCUUCGAUUUUCUGUCUCAGAAUGGAGGAUUCCAUAGUCCCAACGCUUCUGACAAUGCUGACCUGGCUUCUUUAUCAGACCAGAACGCGGCUAUGAAUUUAGACAGUUUGGAUUGGUAG